CGAAACAGUAAACUUGUUUUAGUAUCAGCAACUAGAAUUUUUUUUUACAAUUUUGAUUGAUAAAUAUGGUUUGGUUGGAUUUGUUAGUAGUUGCCCAGCGUAGCCUAGAGACCUCUAAAAAGUUUUAUUUGCAAUAAUUUUACGCCAUGUCAACAACUGUCGAUAAAAGGAAAAUAUGUGCGUACAAGUAAGAAAAACUACCCGCGCGUAUUAAUAUUUUUUCGGACUUUGUUAAACAUCGGGAACAUACAAAAAAAGAUAAAACUGCUACUGAAUGCGUGCAUUAAGUAGGUCAAAAGUAUGAGUAUUUUACACUGUUCUACUUUACUAAACGAUCGAUAUUCAGAUUAGUCUUCUUCAUAUAUUGAUUACAGCUUUCCCUCGUAAAAUAUUCAGCCCCUAAACUAAACCAAACACCACGAGAAACGAGUGGAACUUUUACAGAGUUAUGGGCACGCUGGUGAUAUAUGGAAAACAUUAAAAUAUUAGUUUUAGCAAUUUUUCAUAAAAAGCAUAGAUGGCGCAUCAUUAUUAAAAAUUUUUGAGUCGACGUCAAAAAAUAUGGAUCCGGUCCGAGACCGAUGGCGCACGCCGCUACAGCUGUCCGUUGCUAUAGGAGCAACAGGAUAUCCAGAGGGAUACGCGGGACGUACACUCCGGACCGCAGAAUGCCAGUCGACAACGAAAUCCCGGCACCGACGGUAUAGGACUUGAAGUCGUCGAUCUGCUCUGGAUAGACCGUUUCACACGUAACCAUUAGAAGCAGGCCGUCCAAUACCGAACCUCAAACCGAAAGUACAAUCAUGCUCCAGUACGGGUUGAUACCGCCCUCCCGUUUUGAAGACGUUAUCGGCCAUUUGAGAGUUAAUUUUCCAGACGAGCCCCUAAACGCAGCGGUUGGUCUUUGUUUCCACGGCAAACCAUGUCCAUUGCUGGAACACCAUGACUGGAAAACACUCGAGGACGGGUUGUCGGUGAUGGUGACGGACAAGGAUACCGGAAAAAUUGCAGGGGUGGCUUUGAACGGCAUCUCGCGACUGGGGGAUACCGAAAAGGCGAUCGAAGAACUGACCGCGAUCGAAAACUUACAGUAUCGACGAAUCUUUGGGUUACUGAACGACGUGAACAAGGAAUUGGACUUAUUUUCGAAAUACGGAAUCGAGAAAAUUUUCGAAAUAAGAAUAUUGUCGGUCGACUCGGGCUACAGGGGAAAGGGCAUCGCCAAGGAACUGUUUAUCCAAAGCGAAAUCGUGGCUCGGGACAAUGGUUUCAAGCUCAUGAAAACGGAUGCGACCAGCUUGUUCACGCAGAAGGUGGCGGAAAGCCAGGGGUUUCACGUGGAAAAGUCGGUCAAUUAUCACGAUUACAAAGACGAAAUCGGAAACAAAAUCUACGACACUCAGCCGCCCCACUUGCACUACAAAGUGAUGGCGAAAUUGGUUCAGCCGUGCCACGGUUGAGAUUUUCACUGAAUGACGUUUUUAUUUUUGGCAAUUUUUACCUUCUAAUAUUUACUGAUUCGACAAAAUGUUAAUACUGCCACUGCCAUGCAGAAUUAAACAUUUGGUAUAAUGUGUAAACACGAUAUAUGCUUAGGAAGAACAAAUAAUAUAUUUUUCGAUAAUUUCGAAAGCCUUUUCGAUGUUUUGUUAAGUUAUACGGGGUGGUCAUUUUUUUUUAUUUAGGUGUUGUACCGACAAAACGCAAAUUCUGAUUCGGAUUCAACAGAAAGAUAAAUUACGUACUACAAGAUGCAGAAUAUUACCAAAACAAGAACAGCCUUUUUUAAAUAGGUGACAUGAAAAUAAAGGACACCCCGUAUUGCAAGUAAUUCGCAAUCUCUACGUGUAAAUACUAUGUGAUAGCGACCUAGAGUGUCAAAGGCAAUCAUUGAGGGGAUUAAAGUUUUAUAUAUUUUCCCAAGAGUGAA